CAAAAGAUCUCAAAGAGAGGCGGUGGCGGCAAGUCCAAAUGGAGCGCCCGGUACUGCAGCGCAUGCUGCGACAUGGCCCCUGCGCGCAGCGGCUCUUGUCGACCUCGUCGGUCGUAGCCGGCCGCGCGCCCGCCCGACUCCUCGCCCUGUCCCAGCUGGCCCAGCAGGCAGACCACAACCUCACGCGCGACUGGAUCGACGGCUUCACGCUCGACGACCUCCCGAAGGACGGGUACGCCGUGACGUAUGCGCGCUCGAGCGGCCCCGGCGGCCAGCACGUCAACAAGACCAACUCCAAAGCCGUGGUCCGGUGCGACGUGAACGCGGCUAGCGGCGUGUGGCUGCCGCCGUUUGUCGCCGCCGCGCUGAGGAAGACUCCCCACUACCACCCUCCGAGCCUCCUCAUCUCGUCGCAAAACUCGCGCAAGGCGCCCGACAACCUCGCCAGGGCGCUCGAGAUCCUGCACGCGUCCAUUGUCGACACGACCCGCGGCAUGAUUGUCGGCGAGACGAGCGAGGAGCAGAAGGAGCGCGUCCAGGGGCACGUUGAGGCCGACCAGCGGCGUCGGAGGAUGGCCAAGGAGAAGAUGAAGAACAAGAAGGCGAAUCGCAAGGCGGAUUGGUAGCGCCGCGCGAGCGGGUUCUGGUGGUGCGAGGGGAAGGAAGCAGCGCCAGUGUGCGCCAAGGUUAGCGCCGUCUUCCUUGUGCCUGUAUGACCGCGCCGUGUCAACCUGGCUUCGGCGACAGGUGGUUUCCACCUGUCCUUCCUCCCACGCCGUGCCUACGCCGAAGCACGCAAGCCAAGACGGAGAGCUCCGCUCGAAGGCUCGGCGACGGCGUCGGCGCAUGCUGCAGGCUCCACGUGCACAGUCAGGCUGUGGGCGGCCGUGGGGUGUGGGCUGUGUUGUUCCCCUCCGGUGCCAGGAUCUCCAGUGCUACGGUGGGUGUACAUCCUGCCAACUGUCAGUCCGCCGAGUACGCCGACAGGCUAGCGUCGUCCACAUGGGCGCCCAACAACCGCCUACCCCGCAUUCCUCGCCGCCGCGAGUUACCGUCCGUAGCACCCCCGUCUGUCCCAUGCAUCAAUACGUCGCGCGUGAUUGGAGAGCGCACGCACGUACGCACCAUGCACACC